CUCGGCUGCCCCUGUGGUCCGGCCCGCCCCGCGCUCCCGGUACCUGCGGGGGCGCGCCCCUGACGCCCUACAAAUACUCAGGUGCGCCGCACCUGUCCGCCCGCACCUGCCCGCUCUCCGCUGAGCUACUUCUCCCUCGCACGGCAGCCUUGGGCCAACAGCGCAGGGUACUUUGGGGACCGCCGGCCCCUGGGACACGCGCAUACUGGCCCUCCGCCAUUUGUUUGGGUAGGGUCUACGAGAGUGCCGGGGAGGGGGGGACCGCCUGGCCCUCGCCGAUCGCUUUUUCGACCACCAGUCCUCGAGCGGAACCUGUUCCUUGAGCUCGAAGACCCUCGCCUGCCGGAAGAAGGAUCGGUUUGUGUUUUCUUCGGGUGACAAAAAGAUUUGGAAUCACCGGACCCAAACCCUUCUCUUUGGGUGACUCGAGACUCCACCGCAAGUGGUCUUUUUGGGGGCCGACCCCCAGGCUUUGUCUGUUCUACCGCAGGGUCGCCCGCCCCGAAUUUCUGAGGGCAGAGAUGGCCAAUUCGGGCCUGCAGCUGCUGGGCUUCGCCAUGGCCCUGCUGGGCUGGGUGGCCCUGGUGGCGUGCACCGCCAUCCCUCAGUGGCAGAUGAGCUCGUACGCGGGCGACAAUAUCAUCACGGCCCAGGCCAUGUACAAGGGGCUGUGGAUGGAGUGCAUCACGCAGAGCACCGGCCUCAUGAGCUGCAAAUCGUACGACUCGGUGCUCGCCUUGUCCGCGGCCCUGCAGGCCACCCGAGCCCUGAUGGUGGUAUCCUUGGUGCUGGGCUUCCUGGCCAUGUUCGUGGCCACCAUGGGCAUGAAGUGCACCAACUGCGGGGGAGACGACAAAGUGAAGAAGGCCCGGAUAGCCAUGACCGGAGGGAUCAUUUUCAUCGUGGCAGGUCUUGCUGCCCUGGUAGCGUGUUCCUGGUACGGCCACCAGAUUGUCACCGACUUUUAUAACCCACUGGUUCCCAUGAAUCUUAAGUACGAGUUUGGUCCUGCCAUCUUCAUUGGUUGGGCAGGGUCUGCUCUGAUCAUCCUGGGAGGUGCCCUCCUCUCCUGCUCCUGUCCUGGGAGUGAGGGCAAAACUGGGUACCGUGCACCCCGCUCCUACCCUAAGCCUAACUCUGCCAAGGAGUACGUGUGAGCUGGGACCACCUCUGCCCCAACUGGGCAGCCUCUGGUAUGCCCAGGUACCAGAAAUAACCUGGGGCAGAUCUCAGCUCAUGGACAGGGUGCAGAGCUGAAGCCUUGUUACCCCAGCCCAGCACACUGUGUACAUACAGUUCCCCUCAGGGUGGGGGCAAGGGGAGGGGGGAGGAGA